UAUAAAGUCCAGUGACUAAACUUCCUGCCACUACAGUGAAGUACCAGCUUAUGAAAUGAUGAAGGACAUUUGAGGCCCAAAAAAAAACAUAAGGGGACACUACUUUGUAAAUACCACAUUCACAGGAUCUGUACCAUCAGCAAAAGUUCUGCAGUAUUUUUUUUUACCUGCGUUUUUCUACUUGAAGGUGAACCAUGUCCUCAAGCUUCUACAGGCCCUCUCUGCACAAGGUUGCCCUCAGCUGCCUGCUGGCAGUGUGUGUCCUAGUCCUUUUCUUUGUAUACUACAAGCCUGAAAUCAAGUUCCCCACAUUUCUGUGUGCAAAGGAAGCACAGGCCCAGGUCUCGAACCAUUCACCAGACCAGCACAUCAACUCACUUCAUAAUGACAACCAGAGGGUCCAGGCUGCAUCAGAGGACGCUGAGCUCGACACUCUUCUGUUGAUCUGGAUGUGGCCAUUUGGCAACAAGUUUGAUCUCAACUGCAGUAUAUUCAAUAUCAGAUGCCACUUGACAGAUGACAAGUCUCUCUACCAUAAAGCCAACGGGGUCAUCUUCCACCACAGGAACAUAAAGGUUGCAUCUUUACCGAAAGAGCAACGUCCCUGGUUUCAGAAAUGGGUGUGGUUUAAUAUGGAGUCACCUGCAAACUCUGGUCAAAUCCCUGAAAUCAAUCACUUAUUCAACUUGACAUGCAAUUAUCGCCUCGAUUCAAAUAUUCCUGUGCCUUAUGGGCAAUUGUUGCCACUAUCAUCUGGGAUUGAGGGUUUUGAACUGCCACCAAAGGACAAGUUGGUCUGUUGGAUUGUGAGCAACUGGAAUCCGAACUUCAGAAGAGUUCAGUUCUACAAUGAACUGAAAAAACAUGUCCAGAUAAACACUUACGGGAGCGCUUUUGGCCAACGUGUGAGUUAUGAAGACUAUAUGAAGAUAGUGUCUAGUUGUAAAUUCUACCUCUCCUUUGAAAACUCUAUUCACAAACACUAUAUUACAGAGAAGUUAUUUCGUCCUCUGAAGCUAGGAAGUGUACCAAUAGUUUUGGGACCUCCAAGACAAAAUUAUGAGGACCACACCCCAGCGGAUUCUUUCAUUCAUGUCGAUGACUUUUCCACUCCAAAGGAGUUGGCAGAGAGGAUACUUUACCUUGAACGAAAUAUUACUGAAUACAUGAAAUAUUUCAAUUGGAAAAACAGGUAUGAAGUUCAAUUGGCUAAGUUUGGCCAAGAAAAUGCCUGCAGGACUUGUAGUUACUUACAAAAGAACAGAAGAUACCAAGCUUUUCAUGAUCUUAACAAAUGGUACUGGGAUUAAUAGUACUCUAACAAAAACAGCAUCUGCCAAAUUACCUUUCAGUCUGGGACACUGACAAGUAUGGGCUCAAAGUAAAAGACUUAAGUCGCUUCACCUGAAUUGUCUGUGGUUUCUACAAACAUGAGAAUGAUUUUCCAUUAUGAUCACUUUGAUUCCACAUUGAUUGUGGCUUGUGGUAAAGCUGUCAUAAAACAUACUUUUUUUCUUUUUUUUUUAACGGUGAAGCAAGAUAAAGACAAAGAACGUGAUAAUAUAACAAGGGGGGUAGAUCAGAGGGUGGGGGUAAUUGGGACCAUCCAUUGGUGAGAGAAGUGUGCAAUUUGCUACUGGGAAGGUGGAAGCUCAAACAGGGUAUUUUUAAUCCCAGUUGCCACUUAUAUAUCAACUUUGCUAAUACAAACUUGUGCUUGAGCUGCACAUUUUUAUCUACAAAGAAGCAUCUCCUAGUUCAUCCCUAGUGAACUCGAUUGCAAAUAGCAAUCGCAGAGACUAUGACACCAUCUAGUGGCUACUUUGACAUGUCACAGUAAGAAAAUCACAUAAAUUGCAAAAGGCAGAUCAUAAUACAUAUUAAAACAAUGAUGGCUGACUUAGCUGCUUCAGUUACAGGUGCUGGUGUUGUGUAUGUUGGCUCAACUGUCACGGCUUACUGAGUCACUUGAAUAAAAUGUUACAAGUCAAAAUGUCUACUGUGUAAAAUUUUUGAUCGGUAUUCCAAGGCCUAUACGGGACUUUUCCAACCAGAAGCUGAACUUACCAUUCUUGGCUGCUCGCAACCCACUGCACACCUCCCUAAAGCCACACAACUGACUCUCACUUUGGGGGAAUCUUGUGAGAAUGGAAAUCGCAGAUUCCUCCUUCCUUUCAAAGAUGGAUAGCUGACAUGUUCUCAGUCACACAGAUGGAAACACUCAGGGGUUUUUUUUGAGGACUGACCUAAUUAUAGGGGUUUUGACCAUUUGGCACCCCUUCCUUGCCCACCUGGAAAAGGUCAGCGUGGGAUGAGCCACGGCUUCUGCCAGAGGCUCCUAAGUACAGCACUUUAAUCAAGUAGCAGCCACCUGAUGUUGUUUCAAUUCUUACAUACGUAUGUGUCUGAUUAAUGUACAUGUCUGUUUGUCUUAUUGUAUAUGUGUCCUUACCACUAUCUGUUAUGUUCUGCUAUGUUCAAAAUGCAAAUAAAUAAAAAUAAAAAAAUUUUUUUUCUAAAGUCUGCUGUGAAACU